UUCCACGCCGAGGGGCGAUAAACCUGUAAAAUAAUUGUAAAAAUAAACAAAUAAUAACGAUUAGCUUAGAGAGUGGCUGUCGAAAAUGGAGACGCUUUACCACCAGACAAACAAACACAUCCAGGAGGUGCAGUCGCUAAUGGGCAACCUGGAAAGAACAGAUCGCCAGUCAGUUCACUUGUUAGAGAAUGAACUUCAGGCUCGUAUCGAGCAGAUCUUCAACCACUUGGAGCGUCUGGAGAUCCUGGCCAGCAAGGAGCCCCCGAACCGCCGUCAGAAUGCCAAACUGCGUGUGGACCAGCUCAAGUAUGAUGUCCAGCACCUGCGCACCGCCCUGCAGAACUUCCAACACAGACGCUACACUCACGAAGCCCAGGAGCGAGAGCGGGAAGAGCUCAUGAGCCGGACCUUCACCACCAAUGACGCUGACACAUCCAUCCCCAUCGACGAGACGCUGCAGCUCAACACCAAUCUGCACAACGCACACAGAGGCAUGGACGACCUGCUGGGCAGCGGUAGCAGCAUUCUCAACGGGCUCAGAGAUCAAAGGUCGUCGCUCAAGGGGACCCACAAAAAGAUGCUGGACGUGGCGAACAUGCUGGGCCUGUCCAACACGGUGAUGCGGCUCAUCGAGAGGCGAGCCACCCAGGAUAAGUGGAUCAUGAUCGGAGGGAUGCUGCUCACGUGCAUCUUCAUGUUCCUGGUGAUACGAUAUCUGGGAUGAACCCAGACAGACCCACCCACACACACUUUUGAGGAUUUAUUUUAUUUUUUUCAGAUGUCAGAAAUUUUAUGACUUGUGCCAUCGCAGUUUUCAUUGUUGGACCUUUACAACAGUAUUCUACCCACUUAUGGACCAAUGGACCACUCCUUUGAAAUACAAGCUGAAAUGAAAUGUCUAUUUAAAAGUUUGUUUUUUAAUACAACAUUAGCAAACUACAAGGCUGGUGAGAGGAUUAAAAUGUGAUGUCGGCUCAUUAAGAGGUGAAAGUUAAAACAAUUGUAAUUGUACAGCUCAUUGUCAUGAUUUACAGUUGACUCUAGUCUCACUAUGUGAGUGAUUUAAUUCUGGUAAAUAAAACAUGUAUCCUUU